CCCCUAAGCGGUUUCCGUCAUGGUUGUCCAAAGUCAGCACAAUCAGAGGCAGACGGAAGUAGAUGCAAUUUCCUGUUUCAUUCAAUGCAGAACUCUAACUUUCCUCUCGCUAGGCUGCCUGCCGUUGUCAUAUUUAUCAUCGCUGAGUAUUUGAGCCCUGGAGAAAAAGCAAAUUUAUCAAGAGUGGACAAAACUCUACGACGACUGUUCAGUACUUCGCAAGCAUGGCGGGAAACCACAUUUGUUAUCAAAGCCAACAAUCGCAAAAAAUGCUUACAGGUUGUGAAAACUCUUGCUACGAGGAAAGCAAAACGUGUGCAAAUAGAUAAAGGCUGCUGUAAUGAUUACAUCGUGAAAACAGUGUUAUGUGGAUUGCGAGACAUUGACGCACUAACUCUACCUCGAGUGUCUCCCUCUACUCUAAAACUUAUCAGUAAAUUUACACCGGGCCUGCGAAGGUUAGAACUUGGCGAAGUGUAUCCAUGGCAUUUUUCGCAGUUUGGUAAAUGUAAACAUGCUUCAAUAUGGUGUUUGGUCCUUCAGAAUCUUGUAAACCUGGAAGAUCUAACAAUUGGCCCUCUUGCAAUUGGCCGAGGGGAGAAAUAUUUUUCUGAAGAACUUAAAGCUGCACUUUGUUGUUGUGGCAAUCUUCGGCGCCUUGUGAUUAAUGGAUGUGAUGAAUUGCCCAUCAAAUGGAUCAGCGCAGUAUUUAUCAGUAACCCUAAUCUCUCAUCAAUUGGGUUAUGCUUUAUACGUCAUCUUUCCUUAGAAAAAAUUAUACCAGACCAAAAUGCAGUAUUUGAGAACAGUUGUCCCUCUUCUCUGGAAUCCCUUGACAUUUCUGGUUCCCUCAGAGGGGGCAGAUUUCUGUCAUGGACUCUUGAGUGGCUACCCAAGCUGUCGACUUUAACAUCCCUAAACUUGAGUCAAACAAUGGAUGAGCGUCUUCUUGGCCUAGUCUUACAAAACCUGACUGCACUUGCAAAUCUCAGACAGUUAAAUCUAACAUUCAGCUCUGUCAAAGACAAUAUGUUUGUGGCAAGACAUCCAAAGCUAUCGUGGUUAGAAUUGAAAGGGUGCUUCCAGUUGUCAUCUGCCGGCAUCAACUUGAUUGCUUCAUCUUAUGGGAUGUCCCUAAAGUACCUUGGUCUGUGUAAUUGUCAUCGAAUGACAGAUGACAGCAUGAAAUUCCUUUCCACCAGAUUCCCUUCAUUAAGAGUGUUGGAUCUCAGUAAUUGUGUGGCUAUCACUGAUUUAUUCCUGGAAGAGCUAUAUUUUCCAAGCAGCACAUUAAUUCAGCCAGCAUUGACAAAACUUCUCUUGAGAGGAUGCAAUAAGAUAAGCUUAAACAUGGUGGGUAGGGUGCGAGAAAAGCUUGCUAACCAGCUUGCUAUUGACAUUACAGCAGUUCCUGAGGGAGAUCUCUGGUUCUCUUCCUCUCUGAUCAAUUAAAACCACCAGAAAUGAUAUUCUUCUCUUUUGCAGUUUGAUGCAAUUCACUGUGUAUGUGACACUAAGACUGUUUAGCAAUUCCUACAUAAGCUUACUUAGCCUGUGAUUAUAAAACUGAGACUGCUUAGCAAUUCCUAGCCUAUAUGCGUGCUUAGCAAUUCCUAGCCUUUGGCGUGACUGCUUAACAAUUCCUAGCCUGUGUGUGUGAAACUGAGACUGCAUAGCAAUUCCUAACUUCUGUGCAAGACACUAACACUGGCUGCUAAGUAGACUAUGCUAUAAACAUUACCUUAAUUUAAGCCACAUGUUGGCUGUUGCCGUUUAAAGCAGCUAUUUUUAUACAUUUGAAGAACAAUUUGAUAUCAAAUUAGAGAAGUUAUUGUUGUUUAAAAAAGCAUUUGUAAAAGUUUUUUUAAUAAACAAGACCUUAUAUGCUUGA